AAGGAAGUGGGGCUGCCUGCAGUGCAGUGGGAUCCAGUAGGCAGAUUCCUGUGCAGGCAAAGGGGCAGACGCCACCUCCCAGGACAGCCUGAGUCAUUGGGCAAGAAGUCUUUGAGGCUGCAGAGAUGGAGGUCAGAGAUGGGAGGAGCCUCUGGCUGCUGCUGCUGGCCCUGGUCCUGGCAGUCACGCAAAACUACAACCAGGAAUGGCCAGGCUUUGAGGAGAAGCCCAUGAGCAAGGAAAACAUGAAUUCAACUCUGGACUUCUUCAUCCAGUCCUUCAACAAUGCCAGCAAUGACACCUUCUUAUUUCAGGUCCAGAAGCUCAUCCGUACUCGGGUACAGUUGACAACAGGUGUGGAGUACCUGGUCACUGUGAGGAUUGGCAGGACCACAUGCAAGAGGACCAUCCCAGCCCCAAGUAGUGCUUCCUGCCCCCUGCAGGGCAAGAAGCUGAGGAAGAGCCUGGUCUGUGAGUCACUGAUCUACACGGUACCCUGGAUAAACUAUUUCCAGCUCUGGAACAACUCCUGCCUGGAGGGCUGAGUGAUCAGGGACCCCGGGGGACCUCAAAUGGCUGUGCCAGGCACCGGCAGUGAUAAAGUUCUACAAGACCAUGUCCCUUGCCAGGGUCUCAAUGCACAUGCACAUGUCCCCAUAUGCACAUGUACUCACAUGCACACACAUUGCUCUUACCCUUACAACCCAGAUGUGCCACAAUACCCACACCAGGGAUACCCUUACUGCACAGAUGCACCCCACAUCCCCGUACUCUCAUACUCCCACUGCUAUGCUCACUCUCCCUAUGCAUGUGCACACACAUACACACACACACACACACACACACACACACUCCCACCUCACACGUAUGGCACUUCAAUGGUGGGGGUGCAACCCCUUGGGGCCCCUGUCUGUCUGUCACUGGACUCUAGGCUUUUCUGGAUACAGGCACAUGCUGAUGUUUGCCCACUCAGGAAAGCCCUGUGUGCUGUCCACACACACAGUGCUGUGACCCACACAUAUGACGGCAAAUGUGCCUGGGGUCCCCAAACCAAGCCAAGGCAAAAAAUUCUCUAGAGGUCACACAGGCUCUAGGGCACAGGUGACUUCAGUGCUGAGAGUGGCAGAGCCAGGAACAGGAAGUGUGGUGUAUAGAAGUCCUCUCCCAGGGCAGGCGCCAGGAGAGCCUGGUCCUCUAUCAAUCUUUGACACCACUGAGGUUGCACCAUCUGGAGGGGAUGCAGGCCAGAGACUCUGGGCCUAGGUCUUUGCUGGGGGUUGGAGGUGUGGACACCUCUGCCCAGCACAUGCCAACACAUGGACUCCAGACUCCAGAGCUAAAGCAUAGUUCAGCAAGGGCCCAGUGUUUUGCAUGGAUUGGACCCCCAAGACCCUCUGUUGGGGGGUCUUCUUCAGUGUGGUGGCCCCCGCAUGCCAGCCUGCCUGGGCAAUCUUAUUCCACAGAGGGUUGCUGAGCAGCUGCAUUCUCACGGUCCCAGGGGAUCAUUCCUCCUGUGACUUCAGAGAUGAGGUGAGAAGGUGCAGCCAGGCCACCCUGGGGCUUGGGUGUAGCUGGGGAGAGGCAGCUUGUGCACCACAGACCCUUGCCAUCCUCCCCAGUCCCAGGCCACCUCCCACCACCCAAGUCCUGGGCACCUCCAGAGUGUAUAACCCACAAGACCCUGAGUUUGCCAGAGAGCCUGGGGCGGGGUGCUGGGGAGAUGUAGGGCUGGUGACAUUGCCGUACAAGGCUGGGCCUAUGGCCCUGCAUACCUCCUGCACCUGAGCCUUCAUCCCAGCAGCCUGGUGGAAAGACAGCUUUUACCUGUGCG